CUCCAAAAGAAGGAGCCCUCCAACACUAUUUUAUCACUAUCGUAGACUAAAACAACAUUGUUUAGUCAAAGUCCACUCUUUUCUUCAACCCUUCAUUCAACCAACUAGACAAACAAACCCAAAAACCACGUUAAAUUCAUCCCUCCCUUUAAUCAAAGUUCCAACUUCAAACCUCCUAUCUUUCAUUCUUUCUCCCUCUUUAAAACAAGAAACACAAAACUAACACUCCCACCUACAAUAACAACAACAAUGACAAUCCUCCUCAUCCCACUCUCCUUCCUCCUCCUCCUCCUCUCAACACCAAUUAUCUCUGCGCAAGCACCACCACCCGCCUUCCGGUGCUCGACAAAGUCCACUUGUCGUGCACUGGCCGGCUACAUCUCCCCAAACACAACCACACUAGGCCACAUCCAAUCACUCUUCCAAGUCAAAACACUCCGGUCUAUCCUCGGAGUGAACAACCUCCCUCCAAACACCCCUCCGAGUCAUACCAUUACCGGGAACACAACCAUCAGGAUCCCUUUCCCUUGCCAUUGUCGCAACGGGACAGGGAUCUCUAACCGUGUUCCUAAAUACACUGUUGUCAAAGAUGACGGUCUUUUUCAUAUUGCUAGUCAAGUGUUUUCUGGACUCGUGGAUUACCCUCAAAUUGUGGCUGCUAAUGGAAUUAAGGAUCCAAAUCUCAUUAUAACUGGUCAGAAGUUGUGGAUCCCACUUCCUUGUAGUUGUGAUGACGUGGAGGAUCAGGAGGUGGUUCAUUAUGCACACGUGGUGGCUUCUGGGAGUAGUGUCAGUCAAAUUGCGGCCGAGUUUGGGAUGAGUUCGGAAAGUUUGAUGAAAGUGAAUAAUAUUUCUGAUCCUAAGAGUCUCAUUGCUGGUCAAGUUCUUGAUGUCCCUAUCAAAGCUUGUAGCUCAACUAUAAAUAACAGCUCCUCUGAUUCCUCGUUGCUAGUCGCCAAUGACACGUACGUUUUUACUGCCAACAACUGUGUAAGGUGCAGCUGUGACCCGACAAAUAACUAUACGCUGCAAUGUCAACCAUCAGGACUUAAAGCAGUGAAUUGGCCUACAUGUCCUGCUAUGAAGUGUCCUGAUUCGAAUUUGUUACUUAGUAACUCGACUACUUCGAGCUGCAGCCGUACAACUUGUGCCUAUGCUGGUUACAACAAACAAACCGUUCUCACAACACUUGCUGUUGAAAACACUUGUCCCGCCCCGGGAUCAAGUGAUGACAGCAAAGGAUCUCGUUCGAGAGGUUGGAGUUUGGCUAUUGUUUUGCUCAGUCUUCAGAUGAUCAUGCUCCAGAUAUUUCUGUGAUUCGUUUAUACUUGGAGCUUUUUGUGUGGCCUAGUACAUUAGAAAUUAGAUUUUGUUUUUGUUUUUGUUUACUUGGUAAUUUUUUUUUCUUCCUUUUUUGUUUUUGUUUUGUUUGAGGGGAAUGGGGUGUUGGGUGAAGAAAUUGGAUGUAAUUUGUAAGUGUUGUAGUUGAUGAAUUGUCUCGCGUUUAUAUCUGAAUCAAUAAUAAUGCUUUGGAAUCCAA